AUGCAUUCCGUCGUCGUUCGCGCCCAGAAUGUGUUUGGUUUCUUCACGACGGUGGCCUUCAUAGUCGGUGCUCUGAUUGCAUGUUCGGAUUUCGCGGCGCCGAGGACACCCAGCGCCAGUGUUGAUUUGAAGGAUGUGCAGGUAGUUAAAGGCCGCCCGCAUUACUACUCGGUGAAGAAGGAAGAGUACGCCGUAAUCCGCUUCAACCUGCAGGCCGACCUGUCUUCGCUCUUCAACUGGAACACCAAGCAAGUCUUUGUCUACGUGUCGGCGUCGUGGCCGAACGCGACGGAUACGGAGGUUACGAAUGAAGCUGUGAUUUGGGACUCGAUCAUUACGAACCCGUCGGCGGACCAUCUGGUUAACAUCGGGCCUGCGGCAAUGAAGAAACUAGUCAAGAGCGCCAAGGGGAAGAAGAUUGAUCCAAGUCGUGGAAAACUCGACCUCAAAAACCAAAAGGGGAAAUACACCAUCUCGUCCCCGACGGGCAAGCUCGCUAAUACAGACAAUGUCGUACUGAAGCUGCACUACAACGUGAACCCUUGGGUCGGCAUCCUGACUUGGACCCCGCAGAUCGAGUUCCUGAAGUGGAAGAUGAUCAAGGGGGGCGUGAGUAAGGCCUUCAAGUUCCCGGCGUUGAAGGUCAAGAAGGUCGAGGAGAAGAAGAAGGCAGCGUCUUGA